AUAUUCACAAAGCUUUGCAUUCCAUUUUUUUCCUGUAUGUAGUACUGGUCAGAGUUCUCCAGGGAAACAGAACUGAUGGAAUGUGUGUUAUGGGAAGGUGGAGCAGUGUGAGGGUGUGUGCGGGUGGUGGAGAGAGAGGGGAAUUCAGUUUGAAGAAUUGGCUUACAUGAUUGUGCAGGCUGGCAAGUCUAAAAUCUGCAGGGUAGGCUGCCAGGCUGGAGACCCAGGGAAGCGUGGCUGCUGCAGCUCCAGUCCAAAGGCAAUCUAGAGGCAGAAUUUUUGUUUCUUUGAGGGUCAUCAGUCUCUGAAGGCCCUAAGGCCUUCAACUGAUUGAAUGAGACCGCGUGAUGAAAGCCCUAGAAAACAAUCUCCUGGUCUAAGGUACUUGAGUGGGCCGAUCCAGCUAUAUCAAGAACCUUUGAGAACAAAAUUCUCAAGCACUUCUGAGGGGAGUCGAAUAGGUGAAAACCUUGGCUGGCCUGACCUUAUCAUGGAACCUGAUGACUUUGAUUCUGAAGACAAAGAGAUAUUAAGCUGGGAUAUUAAUGAUGUGAAACUGCCACAGAACGUGAAAAAGACUGACUGGUUCCAGGAGUGGCCAGAUUCCUACGCCAAACACAUCUACAGCUCGGAGGACAAGAAUGCACAGCGGCACCUGAGCAGCUGGGCCAUGCGCAACACCAACAACCACAACUCCCGCAUCCUCAAGAAGUCCUGCCUGGGUGUGGUGGUGUGCGGCCGUGACUGCCUCGCAGAGGAGGGACGCAAGAUCUACCUGAGACCUGCCAUCUGUGACAAGGCCCGGCAGAAGCAGCAGCGGAAACGCUGUCCCAACUGUGACGGGCCUCUGAAGCUCAUCCCUUGCCGAGGUCAUGGGGGCUUCCCGGUCACCAACUUCUGGAGGCACGACGGACGCUUUAUAUUUUUCCAGUCAAAGGGAGAGCAUGAUCAUCCAAAACCAGAAACCAAGUUGGAAGCGGAGGCAAGAAGAGCCAUGAAGAAAGUGCAUACAGCACCUUCCUCCGUCUCCUUGAGCCUGAAGGGGGGCACAGAGACCAGGUCUCUUCCAGGUGAAACACAAAGUCAGGGGAGUUUACCUUUAACUUGGUCUUUCCAGGAAGGCGUCCAACUGCCUGGUAGUUACAGUGGACAUUUAAUAGCUAACACGCCUCAGCAGAACUCACUAAAUGAUUGCUUUUCCUUCUCCAAGAGUUAUGGUCUGGGAGGAAUCACAGAUCUGACUGACCAGACUUCCACUGUGGACCCCACGAAGCUCUAUGAAAAGCGUAAAUUGUCCAGUAGCAGAACCUACAGUAGUGGAGACCUGCUUCCUCCUUCUGCCUCCGGAGUCUACUCUGAUCACGGCGAUCUGCAGACGUGGAGUAAAAAUGCUGCUUUGGGGAGAAAUCAUCUUAAUGACAACUGUUAUUCCAAUUAUCCUUUUCCUCUGACCAGCUGGCCUUGCAGCUUCUCUCCUUCCCAAAACUCUUCAGAACCCUUUUACCAGCAGAUUCCACUGGAGCCACCUGCAGCCAAAACUGGCUGUCCCCCAUUAUGGCCAAAUCCAGGGGGGAACCUUUAUGAAGAGAAAGUACAUGUGGAUUUUAACAGCUACGUCCAGUCCCCUGCAUACCAUUCACCUCAGGAAGACCCCUUUCUCUUCACCUACGCCUCUCAUCCUCAUCAGCAGUAUUCACUGCCAAGCAAGAGCAGCAAAUGGGAUUUUGAGGAAGAAAUGACAUACUUGGGUUUGGAUCACUGCAACAGUGAGAUGCUUCUGAACCUGUGUCCUUUGAGAUGACCCGAAUCUUUCACUAUGUGCACCUCCGCCCCUCAAAAAUGGGGAAGGGCUGAAAGAAUUUCCGUAGGAAAUAAUUUUUAAAACAUAACCAUAGAUAAAUGAGAAUCACAAUAAGCAGUAGACAAGGCUUUUUUCCUUUGCUUUUUCUUUCUUUCUUUCUUUUUUUCUUUUUUUUUUUUGAGACAGAGUCUCACUCUUUUGCCCAGGCUGGAAUUCAGUGGUGCAAUCUCGGCUCACUGCAACCUCUGCCUCCCGGGUUCGAGUGAUUCUCCUGCCUCAGCCUCCCGAGUAACUGGGGUUAUGGUGCCUGCCACUGCGCCCAGCUAAUUUUUCUAUUUUUAGUAGAGACAGGGUUUCACCAUGUUGGCCAGGCUGCUCUUGAACUCCUGAUCUCAAGUGAUCCGCCCACCUCAGCAUCCCAAAGUGCUGGGAUUACAGGCAUGAACCACUGCGCCUGGCUGACAAGGCUUUUUUUUUCAUACAAGUAAUUUUUUUGGCUCCUUCUCCUCCACUCUAGUACUUCCACCCUCAGUAAGGAAUGGAAACCUGUCUCGUCUGGGAUGUGAAAUGCCCUCUGCUUUUUCCCCCACAUUGUUUGGGGCUCCCAGCACCUCAGCCACAUUGCAUGCUGGAUUUUCAUUGUCAUUGUUGCAAAUGAAACGGAGCAGACAUUUGACAUGCCCACCUAUGCAGGACCUGAUCUAUGCCUUCCUGGGAACUGAGAAUGAAGAAACAGAAGUAGAUGGUAGAAGAACUGCCUAAGGUGUGAAAAGCUGAAGAUUCUACCACUGAAGUACUGAAUAUGUUAUCUAGUUAUGAGAUUAGUGUGUGAAAUACAUGUUUUCUAGAUGAUUUCUAAGACUUGUGAUGACCAGGAACCUGACCUAACCCCAUUAUUCAUAAAGACAAAGAACAGCAAUGUUCAAUUGCCAUACGAAGAGAAAUACUAGUGAUGUGCAUGGUCUCCUUGCCUCUCACUGACUUCCCCUUGCACAGGGGCUUCUGUUUUGUCCCAUUUAUUAUUUCUGGCACCUAUAUGAAUGUGGGGUUUGUAAUAGGUGAGAAAUAUUUGCUUAGAGAAGCUCUUGGGCAAUUAGCCUGGCAGUGAUUGGCUGGCCAUGUUUGAAUGCCAGUUUCUCUUCUUUGCUGAAGUACUUUAUAAUAAAUAAAAGUAAGCCUAGACACAAAAUCUGGAGAGAACCAUGCAAUAAACAAGUAUUUUUAAAAUAAA